CAAAUAAGGUUUGUAUUGGUGGCAGCUGCAUGAGUCAACCUGGUAUUUAGUCGGGUGUUCAACGCGGUUUAAGGUGGUUAGACUAAGUGUUGUGGUUGUGUUAUUGUUCACAUGGAGAGAAUGAAUAGUGGGGGUUCUUCAAUCAGAAGACGUUCAUUAAGCAUAUCAAGUCACGUAAGUUAUCAUAUAGAAAAUGAUGGUGAGAAUGAGAGUGUUUCAGAGGCUGGAGACAUUGGAGAUAGAGCUCUUGGAAGCAGGAGGUUUAGUGAGAGCAACAGUUUCCGUUUGUCCUUUAACAACAGGUCAAAAAAAGAAGUUGUUGUUUCCAUUGCAGAUGAACACAGAUCGCAUCCCAAUUCCUCUGUUGGGCCUUUGCCUCCUGUCUUCACAUCCCUUUCCCCACUUUCCACUAAUGGAAUUGUAGGUUUUGAAGACAUAGAACAUGACCCUCCUAAAGGUUUGCCAGAGUUGAUGGACUAUACUUCGUGUUUGGUUCAUUUAGCAGUUUUUGGAAUUCUUGGGGUCUUAACGAGAUAUUUACUGCAGAAGUUAUUUGGCCCUAGGGUUGCCCAGGUGACAAGUCUUACAACAAGCGACCAAACCAUUCUUUAUGUUGAUCUUUCUUCUAAUAUGAUUGGUUCGUUUCUUAUGGGUUGGUUUGGUGUGGUAUUCAAAGGAAACAUAUCUCAAGUGUCAGAGCAUCUAGCUAUAGCAAUAACAACUGGUUACUUAGGAAGCCUUACAACCUUCAGUGGUUGGAAUCAAAAAAUGCUUGAACUCAGUGUUUCCGAGCAUUGGCUCUUCGCUUCACUUGGCUUUAUAUUAGGUUUAUUUCUCAUUGCCUAUUCCAUCCAGUUUGGGAUUGAAACUGCCAAGGGUUUUAGGUGGCUCCUCCACCGGCUGGGUAUUAGUUCGGGAAAAGAUGUUAAUAAGAUAAACUGUAGACUAGACAGCUACCAUCGUCAGUUGAUAGUUAUGGUGAUGUUCAUGGUUAUAUUAGGCAUAUUGUGGGGUGUAAGUGGUGCAUUAGUAAAAGCUGAGUUCAAGCACGGUGGUAAUUCUGCACAGUUAUGGUUUGCUUGCAUGGUUGGACCCAUGGGUGUGUGGAUUAGAUGGUUCUUAGAAGGGUUAAACGGGCGUGGAUUGGGAAAGGAAGGGUUGUUUAAAUGGAUUCCAUUCGGGACUCUAAUUGCCAAUGUAUCAGCAGCUUGUAUUAUGGCUGCACUUGCCAGUGUGAAAAACGCAAUAAGUUUUUUUGUGAACACCAGAGAUUGUGAUACUGUUGUAGCAGGAAUACAGUUUGGCCUAAUAGGGUGCUUGAGCAUUGUCUCUACUUUUGCUGCUGAGUUCAAUGCAAUGAGAGAAAGCAGUCAUCCUUGGAGAGCCUAUGCCUAUGCCGUUAUCACAGUUUGUGUUUCAUUCUCUUUGGGAAUACUAAUAUACUGCAUCCAUGUCUGGACAAAGGGGUUUAACAUUGACACGUAG